AAGUUCAGUGUUAGUCUCCGCGGAUGAAAAAAUCCGAGAAUUUGGGGAAUUUGGAGAUUUUCAGGUACAGCUCCUUUUGAUGCCUUUUGAGGUCAGAUGUGCUGACCUGAAAGAACUGACAAUUUGAAUUGGAGUAAAGUUAUAAUGUCUGCACAAUGAUAUCACAAAAACUGAAGUCUGCACCAUCAUUUUGUAUUCUACCUUUGAAGAUAUAUGAGCACAAUCAUUCAGUAUGAGAAACAGUCCUCUCCAUGCGCAGUGCAGUGGACAUCAAUGUUGUGGGGCAUUUUGAGGAAUGGCCUCUUUGGACCUACCCUACCGCUGUCCAAGGUGUGGAGAACAUAAGCGUUUUAGAAGUCUGUCUUCAUUGCGAGCUCAUCUAGAAUACAAUCACACAUAUGAGACACUUUAUGUGCUUUCUAAGUCCAACAGCAUCUGUGAUGCGAGUGUUCUGUCUUCAGGAGUCGACAAGUCUAUUCUGAUACCUGCUUCCUGUAAAGAAAUCUUUGAAAGCACCUCGUUCAGAGGUAAAGAGCAGAGAUAUUUGUAUGAUUUACAGCGUGGGGAGGAAUUACCACUUGGUUCCACCUGUUACUUCCCUGAGGUUGAAGUUCCGGUAAACGAUAUACUCAUGAGAAAGGCAGUGACCUCUUCUGCUCCUCCUGCUGCUCUAGCUGCAGCAGCAGUGGAUGCUGUUUAUGAGGAAGGGUUAGCUCGAUUAAAGAUUCAAGCUCUUGAGAAACUAGAUUUAAAUGAACGUUUAGAGAAACUAUCAGAGGAAGUGGAGCAGAAAAUCACAGCCCGUGUAGACAAACUUCAGACAGAGCUUGAGAAAAAAAGCUCAGAGUUGGAGAAAGCCAAACAGGAAAGCGUGAGGUUGAGUCGAGAAAAGCAAGAUCUUGAAGAAAAGGCCUCUGAGUUAUCACGCCAGGUUGAUGUGAGUGUAGAGAUGCUGGCUACACUGAAGCAAGAUUUGGUGCAGAAGGACCAGGAACUUGCCCGGAAACAGCAGGAGGUGUCACAGAUUGAUCAGUUCUUACAAGAGACAGCAGCACGAGAAGCAAAUGCGAAAGUUCGCCUGCAGCAGUUUAUUGAGGAACUUUUGGACAGAGCAGACAGGGCCGAAAAGCAGCUAAUGGUGAUCAGUAGUUGUGGUACGACACCUAAUGGCAGUCUGGGAAGGUGCAGCAACCCAGGGGCAAAGGGAAUUAGCAGAGAACAGAACACAGGCGUUGAAGUUGCUUCAAGAGGACAUAGACAAGUUGCGCAUUCCAGACCGUCACCACCCUCUGGCAUUUCUCUGAGAUCAAAACCAGUAGCACAUGUGUCACGAUGCUAUGAUAGUGACAGUUUCACACCAUCUGUAGAUAUGCAGCACAUGGAACAGGCUCCUGAGAGGAUCUAUUAUCAUAAACAAAGCCGCAACUCAGCGGGUAGGUGCAUCAGGGAUCCCAUGUCCCGGAGUUCAGCACUACGGAGGCAAGCUGUUGAAAAUUGGCACCAGAGGCCGUAUCGUAACAGCACAGAGGGAGAAGAAGGUGAUGUGUCAGAUGCAGGAUCCAGAACAACAGAAUCUGAGGCGGAAGCAUGGGAACCAGAAAGUAAAAGUUCAGCAGAGCUACAGAAAUUUGGAUCGAAUCGUGUCAGAGCUUAUCGACUGAGUACGAGUAAUGCCAAACCAGUUAGUUACAAAGCAGCCAAACUCCAGAAGGGCAGCCCCUCCCGAUCUAAUGAAGUUAUCAGCCCUGAGGUUCUAAAGAUGCGAGCAGCAUUAUUUUGUAUUUUCACAUACCUGGACACUAAGACAUUGUUGAAAACAGCUGAAGUCUGUCGGGACUGGAAAUAUGUGGCUCGACAUCCAGCAGUUUGGACCAGAGUUCUGUUGGAGAAUGCUCGAGUGUCCUCCAAGUUCAUGGUGACCCUUUCCCAGUGGUGUACACAGACACACUCACUUACUCUGCAAGGCAUCAAACCUCGUCCAAAAGGGAAGAAGGAGAGUAAGGAGGAAUAUCUCAAAAGCACGCAUGGCUGUCUGGAGACUGGGCUGGAAUCCCUGCUGAAGGCGGCUGGCAGCAACCUCUUAAUUUUGAAGGUUUCCCAUUGUCCAAACAUCCUGACUGACCGUUCUCUUUGGUUGGCAAGCUGUUACUGCCGUGCACUACAAGCAGUAACUUACAGGAGUUCAACAGAUCCAGUUGGCCAUGAAGUGAUUUGGGCUUUGGGAGCCGGGUGUAGAGACAUCAUCUCUCUGCAGGUUGCACCAUUACAUCCAUGCCACCAGCCAACUCGAUUCAACAACCGCAGCCUACAGAUGAUCGGACGCUGUUGGCCACACUUGCGAGCACUGGGAGUUGGUGGUGCAGGAUGUGGACUGCAGGGACUAGCCUCCUUGGCUCGGAACUGCAUCCGAUUACAAGUUCUGGAACUUGAUCACGUGACUGAAAUAAACCAGGAAGUAGCAGCAGAAGUUUGUCGCGAGGGAUUAAAGGGAUUAGAAAUGCUGGUCCUGACAUCAACCCCUGUCACCCCUAAAGCUCUACUCCAUUUUAACAGUGUCUGUCGCAGUUUAAAAUCGAUUGUGGUGCACAUUGGUAUAGUCGAUUACUUUGAAGAUCCUGACAGCCCAGAAGCUCGAAAGUUGUUUGAGGAAAUGGUCAGCAAACUUCAGGCUCUGAAGAAAAGGCCUGGCUUUUCAAAAAUUCUUCAUAUCAAAGCGGAAAGUAUUUGUUGAAGUUUACAAAAACAAACUGAAGCAAUCUCAAUUGAAACCAUCACUUCGACUGAAAAGUACCAUUUACUGAAAACACAUUUUACUAAAAUGUUUGAUCAGAACGAGAAGCUAACAGAGCCUAUACAGCUCAGCUCACUCGGUACUACAACUAUCGUUAAGCCAAUAAAGCAUCUACAAUAUA